AUGUACAAGACAUUGAUGGUGUCUCCGCAAGCAGGUAACCUGUACGUGCAUAUAUUUGCGCAGGAGGCAGGCCAGUUCACGCCGGUAUCCGAAUAUCAGCGACUCCCGCAUGGCGAGCAGGUCAUGCAGGACAUCAUGGGAAUCACGAUAGCCAACUUUCCAUUCACCAACUUGACGGAGAUGGAGGCUCGGAAGCGGAUGGACUAUGCCUGUCCAACUCUGAUUACACGGAAAAAGGACUGUGUGGAAGCUGCACCUGGAGGACCAUGGGUUUACAGAUCGCGCAUUCUUUCCCAUCUGGGUUGGAAAGCCAAGUAUGAGCGUUGCUGA